AGGUGUUGCAUAAAGUGCUCCCGCGAAACGCCGUCAAGCCUUAGCACUGGGAGGCGCUGCACCGCCAUGUUUCCUCACGCUGGCCUCUCUUCCACAGCCUCAGAACCUCAACCCACACGCUAUCCGCCCGGAAACACUAUCCGGCAGAAAAGGUCCGCGAGGCCAGUGGACUCUAGACAGCGGUUCUGAGCACGGGGAGUAGGACCGAAUGGCCUCGGCAUGGGUUAUGUGACAGGAGAGGAUGGAUAGGAUGGUCUCACCAGAGCGCAACGGCAGGCCAGCUUUAUCCCCUAGCCUUUCUCCCCGACCUCGCUGACGUGGUUUCCCUCCGACUUCCUUUAGGCCUUGCACUGAACAAGCUCAGGGUGAAAGGUCAUAAAGAUGGCGCUAACCGCUCGCCUCCUAACUCGCUUACAUCUCUCCCGGCCGCUUCUCAGCGGGGCUGUCCGACUCCGGACUAUCAGUGUGGCCGAGGUGAGGCCACCCUUUGCCAGACUUUGCUGCUUCUGCCGCCGCCGCUUCGGCUCGGGAGCGGCUGUGUUUCCUCGCGGCGCUUGGGCGGACGCGGCCUUUAUGCUGCCUGCUCGCGGCCCCGGGCGCCAGCUAAGCCCUCCAGGACUCCCUGCAGCUCUCGACGCUUUUCUUGGUCUACCUCGACGCUGCUACAGCACUGAGGAGCAGCCCCAGCAGCGCCAGAAAACCAAGAUGAUCAUCCUGGGGUUCUCCAACCCUGUCAACUGGGUUCGGACUCGAAUUUACGCCUUCCUUAUCUGGGCCUAUUUCGACCAAGAGUUCAGCAUGGCAGAGUUCUCUGAGGGAGCGAAGCAGGCUUUUGCUCAUGUAUCUAAGUUGCUGUCACAGUGUAAAUUUGAGCUAUUGGAAGAACUUGUGGCCAAAGAGGUGCUACGUGUAUUGAAAGAGAAGGUUACUUCACUGCCUGACAACCACAAAAAUGCCCUUGCUGCUGACAUAGAUGAAAUUGUAUAUACAUCAACAGGCGACAUCUCUAUUUACUUUGAUGAGAAAGGAAGGAAGUUUGUUAACAUCCUGAUGUGCUUUUGGUACCUAACCAGUGCCAACGUCUCCAGUGAAACUUUAAGAGGAGCCAGUGUAUUCCAGAAAAUGGAAGGUAGUGUGAAGGUACGAAAAUCAGAGGGAACUUUAGGAAGGAAAGGAUUGAAACUUGACAAGUUAUUUACGAAGAGAAAAGGUCAUAAAGACACAAAGGCUACGAAACAGGAGUGUUCAGAAAUUGGAAAGAGGUUCCAGAGAGAGUUUACAAAAGGAGUAAAGCCUGACUGGACCAUUGCACGGAUUGAACACUCAAAGUUAUUAGAAUAAUCUUUCUUGGAAAAAUCAGUUUAUGUACUUUUAACAAUUGCUGUGAAAAACUAAGGAGAAAAAAUUGGGAGAUCAUUUGAUCUUAAGUCUGUCGAUUACUUUUGUAUUAUUUUGAAAAACUACAGAAUAUUGGCUUGAUACAAUAAAGCAUUUUCCACAGAU